AGCACUCAUCAGCGAGGAGGUGGGUGUAGAAUUCCGUUCCGCGUGCUAGUCCCGGUCUUUCACCUGCCAGGUGCCGGAGAAGGGGAGGUGUUCUACCGUCUGAGAAGACUCAAAUUAAAAUUUUGUCCAUUCCUUGGUUGCAAUAAAAGGUUCAGUGGAGUAGUUGUGUUUGUUUAAAAAAAUAAGAUUUAAAAAAUGGCUUCAAAAAAGGCAUUAGUCAUUCUGGCUAAAGGAGCAGAGGAGAUGGAAACAGUUAUCCCUGUUGAUUUAAUGAGGAGGGCUGGGAUAAAAGUCGUUCUUGCAGGUCUUUCUGGAAAGGACCCAGUGCAGUGUAGUAGGGAUGUACUCCUUUGCCCUGAUACCAGUCUAGAGGAUGCAAAAAAGGAGGGCCCAUAUGAUGUGAUAGUCCUACCAGGAGGCAAUCUGGGUGCACAAAACUUGUGUGAGAGCCCUGUUGUGAAAACUCUGCUGAAGGAACAAGAGAAAAACAAAGGCCUUAUCGCUGCUGUUUGUGCAGGGCCGACAGCUCUCCUGGCUCAUGAAAUAGGCUUUGGAAGUAAAGUUACAACACACCCACUGGCCAAAGACAAGAUGAUGAAUGGAAAUCACUAUACCUACACCGAGAAUCGUGUGGAAAAGGAUGGCAACAUUCUUACAAGUCGUGGUCCUGGAACCAGCUUUGAGUUUGGGCUUGCCAUUAUUGCAGAACUGAUGGGAAAUGAGGUAGUAGCUCAAGUGAAGGGCCCUCUUGUUCUUAAAGACUAGAGUAAGAAGUCUUUCUUGAUUAAUAAGCCUCAUUUGUCCUUAGAUAGCACUAAGUUUUAAAUUUUUUGAAGUAUGAGAUGUGGUGUAACACGAGAUACUUUCAAGUGUAAUUGUUCUCAAGGAUCACAUCUGUGUAUCAGUUGCAUUUCAUUCAUUUAUGUACAAAAUUAAAGGAAACUUAGAAAACCGUCUUCCUGCUUGAUAAUGUGACUGCACUGGGGAUUGUCAGAGAGGCUGAAGGACAGCUGGCUGCACAUGUUGCUACUUACUGCUUAGUCUUACACUUUCCUGUUCACACAUUUCUCAACUUUGUUAGCCAAGUAAAAUAAAACAUUUGGUAAAGA